GCCUUGUAGUGGAUUGGUUAGACUGCGGAAACGCUUGAAGCAGAAUUCAAUUAACAUAAAUACCGAAAGUGUAGCUUUAAUCUGAUGAAGCUGGACGAAUUUAGAAAAACAACGUUGUUGUCGUUUCAGUAAGUAACGCUUGAUUUAGCUUGAAAAUGGAAGCCGACGACGAAGCUUCUGAAAUUAAAACGGAGAGGAACUUGGAUAACCAGGAUCUAAGUUUUCUUCAAACAUAUGCAACCGGUUUCCUAGCUGAGUAUGGAUGGUAUGUGCUGUUCGUUUGUGUUGGAAUUUACCUGCUCAUUCAGCAUCUUAAUAAGAACAGAAGAAACCAAGAGCAAAGCGCCACUGCCUCAACUGUUGGUCAUGAUCCUGCAUCCGUGGUAAGGCGCCAAGAGGCUUUGGAAGCAGCAAGGCAAAGAAUGCAAGAGGAGCUUAAUGCGAAAGCAGCAGAGUACAGAGAAAAACAGCAGAAAUUGGAAGAAGAGAAGAGACGACAGAAGAUUGAGAUGUGGGAGAGUAUGAAGGAGGGAAAAAGUUAUAAGGGAAAUCAAAAGUUUUCACAGAACACUGAAGAAGCUAGUUCAUCGACAGUGCUGAAACCAAAGACGGACAAAAAACCCCUUCGUAAUAGUGGGUUUAAUCCUUUGAGUGGAGAGGGAGGUGGAACUUGUACAUGGCGACCAGGAAGAAGGGGGCCCUCAGCUGGUGGAUGAGGUUAAAGUCGGUCAGGGUAACACAGUGACCUCUGACCUUCAUCCUCAUUACAGGAACACUGAAAUUUCUGCUGAAUUAAGCUGUUGGUACUUACAGUGACUCCAUACUGAUUUUUACUUUUUACUAUUUAAUUCUUUAAUCAGUUCCGAUAUGGAGUCAUGCUUGUUAAUAUCCCAGGUUGUCACAUCAAAUGUUUUGUCUCAGUUUCACUUCAUGGUAUAUGCUUUUCUAGUCAUUUAGUAAAUGAAAUUUGCAAAGCUUUGGACCUAAAACUGCCAAUAAAUAAUUGUCUUUCUUUUAAUAGCAAUCUGGGUUAGUUUGGCCAACUAUGUGAGAGUGACAGCUUUUAAUGAUGCCAUUUUCAGAAAUGGCAGUGAUGCCAUUGGGAAUGGUUGAUAAUUUUCUGCUGAAAAUUUGUGUUCCUGAGUUUUCCGUCAUUCAUACUUAAAAAUGCUGCGCUGUAUCCACACCUUGUGAGUUGAUAUGUUUCAGAUGGCUACUUCACUGUGCUCUGGAUUGCAUUGCAAACUGAACUAGUGAUAGCUCUCUCUUUGUGUAUUUAACCCUUUUUAUUUUCUGGCAAUAGAAUCUGUGAUGGUGAAGUCGUAAAUGACUCACAAACAAAUGAUCAAUGUUAUGUACUUGACUGUCUUUGUAUUGAACUUCACAAAUAAAAUGCCUACUUGCUGAUCUUGAA